UUCACCAAUCUGUGGCUGUUCGCGGCCAUUCCGAUUAAAGGAGCAGUUGUUUAUUGGUGUUUCUUCCCAAUUUGCCGGUUUUCUCCCCAAAUUUAUUCGCGUUUGUUUUGAGAUUAUUCCUUGAGGGCGGGAUCGAUGGGAAUUCGCGUCCAGGUCGAAGGCGAAUUUCCGGUGCCAUGGAAUUACUUCCGGUGGAAUUAGUGACGUGUCGGGAAAACCGUGAGCGAGGGAGCAGCUGCUGGUCGCCCGUGAGUCACUGAGAUGGUGAUGGAGGGAACCGACAGACAGUGCACAGGGCAACGGACUCAAGAAAAACACGCACAUACCAGGAGCUUGUGAAGCAAGAAAAAUAUACAUUCAUUGGAAAAAAUGUCUUCAGGGAGUUUUACACCUUCAGUCAGUGGCCCAUUUACAGCAUUGACUCCUAGCAUGUGGCCACAGGAUGCACUAACCAAGUAUUCCCAGAAGAAAGACUCUGUAGAAGAGUCAGAAAUCCAGUAUGAUGAGUUUGGGUUUCGGAUAGACAAAGAAGAUGGAGCUGAACCAAACAGGAGAAUUGUUGGAGUCCCACUCCCUGAAGAUCCUCAGCAGCGGUUGAGAUGGCAGGCACAUCUCGAGUUCACGCACAAUCACGAUGUUGGUGAUUUGACAUGGGAUAAAAUUGAUGUUGUGUUGCCACGCUCUCAGAAAUUGCGAUCCCUGGUCCUUGCAGGAAUCCCACACUCCUUGAGACCUCAGAUCUGGAUGCGAUUGUCAGGCGCUCUGCAGAAAAAGCGGAAUACGGAAACCUCAUACCGUGACAUUGCCAAAAACAGCUCCAAUGAUGGGAGUAUUGCAGCCAAACAGAUUGAGAAAGACCUACUGCGCACAAUGCCAAGUAACACUUGCUUCUCCAACAUAAACAGUGUUGGCAUUCCAAGAUUACGAAGAAUUCUACGUGGGCUGGCAUGGCUAUACCCAGAGAUUGGAUACUGUCAAGGGACCGGAAUGGUUGCAGCUUGCCUGCUGCUGUUCCUGGAAGAGGAGGAUGCUUUUUGGAUGAUGUGUGCCAUUAUUGAGGACCUGGUUCCUCCUUCAUAUUUCAGCACCACAUUGCUGGGUGUGCAGACAGACCAGCGGGUUCUGCGUCACUUGAUAGUACAGUACAUUCCCCGACUGGACAAACUUCUCCAGGAGCAUGACAUUGAGCUGUCCUUGAUCACUCUGCACUGGUUUCUGACUGCAUUUGCCAGUGUUGUGCAUAUCAACAUACUUCUCCGAGUCUGGGACAUAUUCUUCUGUGAGGGCUCUGUUCUCCUUUUCCAGAUCACACUGGGAAUGCUCAAAUUGAAGGAAGAGGAACUCAUUCAGUCUGAAAACUCAGCGUCUAUCUUCAACACAUUAUCAGACAUUCCUUCACAGAUUGAUGACCCAGAGAUCCUCAUUAAGGAGUCAAUGAAGCUCGCUGGAUCGUUGACAGAUGCCAUGAUUGAGAGCCAAAGGAGAAAGCAUCUGGCAUAUCUGAUUGCAGACCAGAACCAGGUCCCACAAUCAACCAUGCCAAACUAUACAAAGAUUGUUCGACGACAGUCCCAACGCAGGAAGUCUGGACUGGGUGCUCUACUUUUUGGUGACAAUGAAGAUGCAGAGGCGAUGAAGGCAAAAAACAUCAAACAGACUGAGUUGGUGGCAGAUUUACGGGAAGCCAUUCUGCAAGUAGCUCGACAUUUCCAAUGCCUGGACCCUAAAAAUUGCAACAUUGAGCUGACCCCAGACUACUCCAUGGAGAGCCACCAGAAAGACCAUGAAAAUUAUGUUGCUGUGUCCCGGAACCGAAGACGUCGAGCCAAGGCACUGUUAGAUUUUGAACGUCACGAUGAUGAUGAACUGGGGUUCCGAAAAAACGACAUCAUCACGAUUAUAUCUCAGAAGGAUGAGCAUUGCUGGGUUGGUGAGCUGAAUGGGCUGCGAGGCUGGUUUCCUGCAAAAUUUGUGGAGGUUCUGGAUGAGCGAAGUAAAGAGUAUUCGAUGGCUGGAGAUGAUUCAGUAACAGAGGCAGUAACAGACCUGGUCCGAGGAUCACUCUGCCCAGCACUCAAGGCAAUAUUUGACCAGGGUUUAAAGAAACCAUCAAUCCUCGGUGGGCCUUGCCAUCCUUGGCUUUUUAUUGAAGAGGCUGCUGGAAAGGAAGUGGAACGGGACUUUGACUCUGUAUAUUCUCGACUAGUGCUGUGUAAAACAUACAGGUUGGAUGAAGAUGGGAAGGUGCUGACUCCCGAGGAACUUCUGUACAGAGCUGUCCAGUCAGUGAACAUGAGUCACGAUGCUGCACAUGCACAGAUGGAUGUGAAAUUUCGGUCACUGGUGUGUGUGGGAUUAAAUGAGCAGGUUCUGCCACUAUGGCUGGAGGUUCUCUGUUCAAGUAUACAGACAGUGGAGAAAUGGUAUCAGCCGUGGUCGUUCCUCCGUAGUCCUGGCUGGGUCCAAAUCAAGUGUGAAUUGAGGAUUUUAUCCAGGUUUGCAUUCAGCCUUUCUCAGGAUUGGGAACUGCCCAUUAGGAAAGAGGACAAAGAGAAGAAGCCUCUAAAAGAUGGAGUCCAGGACAUGCUGGUGAAGCAUCAUCUCUUCAGCUGGGAUAUUGAUGGUUAAUAACUCCUCUCCUCCAAUGAAAACACUCAACGCCAAAUCUCCAUGAGCAUGUGACUCUACAGGUGCCUGUUGACAUUGUGAUCCCCCAAUCUAAAUCAGUCCUGGCAAAGUCCUGCCUUGCACUCAAACCACAAUGAAACAAUAAUUCAUUAUAAUCCUGUAAAUAUUCCCCUGAACCCCUCACAUUCCAUGCCCUAUUCCCUCUGUCCACACCAAAACUAGCACUCAGCUCUUCCAUAAUGCUCAUUAACAUGCUUGGGGGUCUUUGCUAUCCUGAUUUCAUUUGGUGAGUUGACCUGUGCUGUAGCCUUUCCUUUCCUGCUAAGGGAGUCCACCCUUUAGAAAAGGUAUUUUAAGUGUCUCAUCACUCCCUUGAUUCUAGUCCUUAUUUUUGUGAAGGCCAGAGUUUGGGCUUUGAUACAGCUCAAUAACAAAUGUUUGAAUGAAUAAACCAAACAUGAGGCAGUGCCUCUUGGACUAAAAUCCUCCAGCCUGUCCUGUAGACCGCUCGAUGUUCUUUACCAGGAGAGCAGUAAAUAUACUGAGCCUAGAAGACAGCAAAGGGCACACCCGUGUCACUUUGUCAUUCUUGGUGACAGAUCUCAGCAUGUAGAAAUGAUGAUGAAUGCAGUUCCCCAAUGUCCUACAUGUUCCAAUAAUAUAGACCAUCUGCAGUGCUCAAAACUGGAUCAAUUCAAACAGAUGCUAGCCACAACUACCAGAUGUUGCAAGGGAUCAAAUUGACAAUGUAGCGCAUUUUAAUGUAAUGAAAUACUCUAAGGCAGUUAAAAGCUGCCAUAACUAUAUUUAUUUACCAUUUCUGGAUGCCCGUGUGCUUUUAACAAUCAGGGUUGCGCUCUCUUUUAGUUUGGUUGCUUUAGCAUGGGAAGGUUGAUUUCCUAAUGAAGCAAUUAUUAGUGCUUUCUGAAGGAGUGUGUCUGGAAAUAGCUAUCUCCUGUGUCCUGAAAGAUUGAUCCAAUAAGCAGGUUUUACCAGAUGGUCCAGUGUAUUUACAUGAACCUACAGCUGGGGGGGGAGAAGGUGCAGAGAUGCUGCCACUGACAGACAAUUAAAGAACAAAAGGCUCAUUUAUUGCCCACCCAGGCUGCAGAAUAUUGUCUGAACUGCAGGGUACAAUGAGGCCACAACUAAGGACAAACCAUAAGAAGGCGACGUAUGCAUCUUAUGGAAUGCAAAGAAUAUCCGUCUACCCAAGUCCCAAAAAUGUCCAUCUCCUGAGCCUCUUGCAGCCUUGUUUGCCAGUAAGGGCUGCUGACCAUUAGCAAAGACCUCAACAACUGGGAAAAUGUGCCGAUCUAAAUGCAAAAUUACUGUGUAAUUAGGUAGAAAAAUUACAAAAUGAAUUUUGUGACAACUGUCACAGCAUUUCACUGAUUCCUGGAAAUGCCAUAUUAUUCCAAAACCCCUCAUUCCCAGCUGAAAGUGGUUCUAGCAACAAGUCACUUGUUGCGUUGGUAUGCAGUGCAAGUCCUGUAGGAUUCAGCAGAUUCAAUAUCAUCCACAUGCCUUCUCCCAGUUUGAAUUUCCAGAUAAUUGAGUUUUAUUCUUUGUCUUCCUUGACUUUUCUUCAAUCAUUGGUCUGUGUGUACAAACUUUUUAUCAUGUUAGCUAUUUGUAAAUAAGAAAUAAAUGAUUACUGGGUUACUGAU